AUGACUAACGCUUAUCGGUACUUAUUUUCAGCUGGAUUCACUAGCGCUUCAAAACCAUUCUGGUUAUAUGCUGCAAUGUACAAUGUUGCUCGAAAUCAUUUUGAAAACUCAUUCACAAUUAUUUUCAGGAUUAUGCUUGAAGUGCUUCUACGAGUGAUCUCAAAAUUCACUCCUUCAAGCUUUCAGAUUAUAAGAAGUGAAGAAAGUUAA